AUGGAACUUCUUGAUAGUAAUGGUCACGGGGAAACAAGCGCACAGAAUGCUGAAAAUAUUGCACCAGUUUCUGUUAAGAGUCCAGAUACAUCCUUGGAAAUCCAAGAAAAGUUACCUCACAAUUUGGCAGAGCACCAGGAAGAACUGGGGUCCCCUGUAGGCCACGCUGGGAGUUUGUCACCAAAAAUUCUCUCCCACAUAGUACCAGCUCAGGCAUCUGAUGUUUCGUCAAAAGACGAGGGAGAUCAUGUUACUCUAACAAAUAAGGAUGAAGUGAAAAUCACAUCUGAAAAUGGUUUUACUGUUGCGAGUAUUAUGCCAACAGCUGAAAUGAAAUCUGAAGAAGACAAUAUGUAUCAUCAUGAGAACAUUGCUGUCACCCCCAAAAAGAAAGUAGAAUCAGCAAAGGGAUCUGAAGGCUCAUACACAGGUCUUGUUGACACUAGUGCGCCAUUUGAGUCUGUUAAAGAGGCUGUCACCAAGUUUGGAGGAAUUGUUAAUUGGAAGGCCUACAGGGCUCAAUCAUUAGAGAGACGCAGGGUGAUGCAACUUGAACUUGAAAAGGUUCAGCAGGAGAUUCCACAAUUCAAAGAAGACUGGGAAACUGCUGAGGUGGCCAAGUCACACGUCAUUGAGGAGCUAGAGAGAACUAAUAGAUUUGUCGACGAGCUGAAGCAUAAACUGGAGAGGGCACAGCUUGAAGUGGACCAAGCAAAGCAAGAUUCUGAGCUUGGCCUGCUUAGGGCACAAGAGAUGGAGCAAGGGAUUGAUGAUGAAGCUAGUGUAAUAGCCCAAACACAGUUGGCAGUUGCCAAAGAAAGACAUGAAAAGGCUGUUGAGGAACUGAAAUUGCUGAAAGAGGAGUUAAGAUCAACACUUGAACAGUAUGAUGUAUUAGCCACUGAAAGGGAUGUAGCCAUUGAAAGGGCCGAGGAAGUUGUUUGUGCUGCUAAGGAUACUGAGAAGCAAGUAGAGGAACUCACUUUAGAACUUAUUGCAUCCAAAGAGUCUCUCGAGUUAGCCCACGUUUCACACCAUGAAGCUGAAGAGCACAGACUUGGGGCAGCUUUGGCGAAAGAGCAGGAUUUCCUGGCUUGGGAGAAAGAGCUACAAGAUGCACAAGCGGAGCUACACCAGCUCAACGAACAAAUUGCAUCCAAAAUGAAUGUGGAGUCCAAAGCUGAUGAAAACGAGCGCAAACUACUUAGCCUGAAAAGUGCGCUAGCUGCCUAUGUGGAAAACAAAUUGAAUGAAGAGGCUGGAAUGGUUCAGGAGCAAGGUUCCGACGAAGCAAAAGAAAUUAGUAGGUCAAUCAAGGAAGCUCUAGCUUCAAAAAGGAAGGAGCUUGCUGAAUUUAAAGGGAAAUUAGAAAACGCAAGAAAUGAAGCCAAUUUAGUAAGAGUUAUUGCAGAAUCACUCAGUUCAGAACUUGAUAGGGAGAAAGCGUUACUUGCUACAUUGCAGCAGAGCGAGGGUAUGGCAUCCAUCACAGUUUCUUCUCUAGAAGCUGAGCUCGAUAGGACAAAGCAAGAGAUAGAAAUGGUACAUAAGAAAGAAGCAGAAACUAGGGAAAAAAUGGCGGAGCUUCCAAGGAUGUUGCAGCAAGCAGCCCAGGAGGCAGAAGAUGCCAAGAUGGCAGCUCAUUUGGCACAAGAAGAACUGAGGAAGGCCAAGGAAGAAGCUGAGCAAACCAAGGCUUCUGUGACAACUGCAGAUACCAGGUUGCGUGCAGUUUUGAAAGAAAUAGAGGCGUCUAAAGAAUCUGAAAGGCUAGCCAUAGUGGCAGCUCAAGCUAUGCAAGAGAGCAAGGAGACAGGAAGCAUUGACGCUUCUCCUCGAGGAGUAACACUUCCUAUAAGUGAGUAUCAUGCUCUUAGCAAGAGGGUUCAUGAAGCCGAAGAACAUGCAAAUGAGAGGGUGGCAGCUGCGUUGGCACAAAUAGAGUUGGCAAAAGAGUCUGAAUCAAGGAACCUAGAGAGGUUGCAAGAGGCAUCCAGGGACAUGGACGAAAAGAAGAGUGAUCUUCAAAUCGCACUGGAGAGGGCUGAGAGGGCAAACGAGGGGAAGCUUGGUGCUGAGCAGGAGCUGAGAAGAUGGAGAGCUGAACAUGUGCAGCGCCGGAAAGCCCAUGAGGCUGCACAACAUGCAGUUAGUCCUGUGAGAACUCCACCGAGGAUGUUUGUCGAGCAGAAGGGCUCUUAUCAGGAAGAAAAUGAACAUCUCACAGAUCCGAAGUUGCACAAGUCAACUGGUAGUAUGGAUCAAUUUGUUUCGGACGAGAAAUUGCGAAAAAAGAAGUCGUUCUUCCCCCAGAUGUCCACACUUUUGUCUAGAAAGGCACAUACACAAACAUAA